AUGUUGCAACCAGCAUAUCCUCAAAGGCCACUUGGAGUAGUGGGAGUCAUUCCAUCAUUAGCACGCCCACCAAUGAUGGCUAUGCGGGGUCCAGUGGUCCCUACAAUCAUUAGGCGACCCAACAAUACAAUAACUCCAGCUGAAAAGCCAAUGACCACAGUUUAUGUUGGCAAGAUAGCAUCAUCAGUGGACAAUGAGUUCAUGCUCUCCCUUUUUUUAGAUCCCACUACUGGGGCUUUGAAGGGCUUUGGUUUUUGUGAAAUUAGGAAUGUUGAAGUAGUUCUGUGUGCUUUAAGGCUUCUGAGUAAAUUAAGUAUUGGUGGUCAGGAGCUCAUGUUGCAAGGUGGGACAAUGAAGGAUAAAAUUAACUGUAUCAAGGGUAUGAAUCAACCUAGCAUCCCAUCCCACAUUUCAUGUAUUUUUCCCUGUGAAAUAGAAUUGUUAGCAAUUCCUUGGUUAUGGCUGCCAUUCUGGAAGUUGGAGAGAACAUGGAACAAAUCAUACUUUGAUUUCUUUUCGAAAAACACUGAUGAAAAACUUAUGGAAAUUGAAGAGGCUGAAAUUGAAUUGGAUCUAAUGCAGAAAGAGCAGUCUAUUGAGGAGUCAUCUAAUGAUGUCACAGAUUGGAGAAAGCUUCCUUUUCUAGCCAGUAACAUUCUUUUUUUGAAUUUAUGA